GAAUUAUCAAAUGCAGUUCAAUCUGGAAUUACAUGGAUCAGAAAUUAAAUUAAGAAACCAUAAUAGGCAAAGAAGAUACUGAUGUUGAUAACCAUAAAUUUAGCAUUGUGAUCACCAAGCAUUCUCCCUUAUUUAAUAGAUAAAAAUUGUUGGAAUCCUAUAAUGAAAAAGAAGUUGAUACCAUCAUAAGAACAUUGUUAGUCUUACCAAACUUACAAUAAAAUAUUGAAUUUACAUUGGAUGCUAAGAAGGUUACCCUUGGCCCUGAGCAUUAUACCGUACCAUAAUGAGUAUGAUAAAUCUAAAAUUAUUAAUAUUUUUGAUUAA